CUGCGUCAAAUGUUCAGAAUUUGGCGCGAGCUGCUUACAUGGAUGAAGGGAGCUCCGUAGGUUUGGACACAGCGACUGUGAGGAAAACUGUUUGGAAAACUGUCGUUCCAACUGGACCAUGCUCGUCAUAGAAAGAAACUGAAAAAGACUCUACACAAUGCCCGUCGCAGUGGAAGCUUCAGUGACCAAGGUGCCUCUUCCUAUUCCGACCCACUUCUGCCAUGCAGAGCAGUCCUUCUCCCUCAAAAAGCGCCGUCUCCCGUUUUCCUUGUCGUCCGCCUCCAACUCACCCUGCUCUUCUCCUGCUCGACUCUCGCAUUCACUGCCUCCUCUGCCACCGUCCAAAGGAUGUCCCUCUUUAAGCAGGAUGGUCCUCCAGCACACGUCCCACUGGACACCCCUCUCCCUUUCUCUUAGUAAGUCUCCCCCUCCGAAUUCUGUGUACGAUCCCAGCAAACAGCAGUCCUAUUUCAAUCAGUGCUUCACUAAUUUGGGCCUGCUGGGUAGAGGAUCCUUUGGAGAGGUCUUCAAGGUGCAAAACAACAAGGAUGGCUGCCGGUAUGCAGUCAAGCGUUCUGCUCAACGCUUCAGAGGUAAAAGUGAGAGGAACCGGAGUUUAAGGGAGGCCAGGAACCACGAGCGUCUGUGUCCUCACCCCCACAUCCUGGAUUUUGUGGCAGCGUGGGAGGAGUGUGGCCGACUGUACAUCCAGACAGAGCUGUGUAACACAAGCCUGCUGCUCCACGCUGAGAAAAAACCUCCUGGUCCAGAUGAGCCUGCAGCCUGGGCAUACCUGUGCGACCUCCUCUCAGCACUGCAGCACCUGCACUGUCAAGGUUUUGUGCAUCUGGACCUCAAACCUGCCAACGUUCUCAUCACUGACUCUGGCCGUCUGAAGCUCGGAGAUUUCGGGCUGCUGCUGGAGCUCAAACCGAGCUCAGGUCCUGUAGAGGGGAAAGGGAAAGACGACGUUCAGGAGGGAGAUCCCAGAUACAUGGCUCCUGAGUUGCUCUGUGGGGAGUACGGACCUGCUGCAGAUGUUUUCAGCUUGGGAGUUUCUAUUCUAGAGCUCGCCUGUAAUAUCGACGUUCCAAACGGGGGAGAAGGAUGGCAGCAGCUCAGACAAGGCCAUCUGCCGUCAGAAUUUACCAAUGGCCUGUCAGAGGAGCUGCAGACAGUUCUCCGGAUGAUGCUCAACCCAGAACCAUCCAAAAGACCCACAGUGUCGGAGCUUCUGGAACUCCCCUGUGUGAGGAAACGCAGAUGGAAACGGUGUAUUUAUCUCAUGAUAGCUGAGACUAUGCUGUCGCUUGCCUCCCUGUGCCAGUCAGUGGUGUGCUUUGGGUGUAGACUCCUCUCGUCCUUUCGCUUGCCCUUCCUCCCCCGUUGGACUAAGCCACCUCCCUGCACUCCUCCAAAGGAAAACUGGGACAGCGAUGUGACUUUGUCCUAUAGUGCCAUGUGUACCGACUCAGGGAGUGAAGAGGACGAUGCCGUGUUUCCACAGCACAGAGACCCAGAGCUUUCUCCCACCUUCUCACACAGGGUCAAAUCCAGACUAUCUGUUGAAAGCACGUCCACUCCUCUCCAAGGUUCAAUGAUACACAGUCCUGUCCACACACCCACUCGCUCAAUCCUGGCUGACUGGUCCCCCUGUAAUUUGGCUCGUACCCCGUCCAGCAUCCAUUCUAAUGGUUCCUGCUGCACGCUGACGCCCACUGCCAGUCCCAUACACUCGGAGCUUCACACAGCUUCCAUGCAGAGCUUAAAUUCUUCAGUCACCAGGUCCUCACAGCGAUCUGGUCGCAAACGGGUCGGAACCGAGGAUGUUUUGCCCCGACCCAGCUUUGAACCAAAGAACCUGCUCAGUCUGUUUGAAGAAAUGUCUGCAGAGGGACGGCCAUGAGAACUAAACUGCCAUCUGACGUUUACGAACAAAGGACCUAAUGUUUGAAUGUACCAAGUUCACUGUUUAACCUGCAUGGACUGAUGCUUCUUGCCAUUGUGUGCCAGUCCUACAGCAGCUUCUUUUAGUGUGUAUUUGAAAAGGAGUCAGUUUAGGGAAAAAGGGUUGAAUAUAUAGUUAGACUUUAUAAGGCACUUUUUUUAAAUGUUUGCGUAAAUACAAUCUGUUGCUGAAAUGACAGGUCAUGAUUUGAUGUCAAAUAAGUUCUCUGAAGCCUGUUCUACUCUGAAUAAUUUACCUUAUAAGUUGCAGAAGCAACCAAACUCGUGGAACAUGUUGAGACUAUAAAGCAUAGCAAGAUA